AUGUUAAUUCAAUUGCUGACAACUGCGCAACUGCUGCAUUUCUGUUUUACCGAUGUUUCUCGAUCCCGAAACAUCACUGAAGAGCCCCAGGUCCCUAUGAUGCGACACUUAAACCACACCAUGACACCACUACAAGUUACUGAAGCUAUUGAAUUAGUUGAUACAACUAUGGCUGAACAACCAAAUUCGAAAAUGGUACAUAGCACCGGAUUUCAAGUAUCAUCGGCCGGAUCAACACUAACAGAUGUUCCUGCAUCAGCCAUAAUAACUUCAUCAGUAGAUACAAUCACCGCACCAGCAGGGGACAAAAAUGACAUGUCGUUGACGACGAGAAUAGGAACGAAUGAUGGAGGUAAGCAACAAAGCAAUGAAGUCUUCAAACGCCGUGUGAUAAAAAUGGCUGUCGCUCCAAGUAACGCACCGGAAGUGAAAAAUCCAAGCGCUCCUGUCAGUAACUAUCAAAGUGAAAUUACGGAGCAGAAACCGCAAGAAGGACAGUAUGGCUUCGAGAAAAAGCAUAGGUAA